AUGAGUGAGUUACAACCCAUUAGGCCUGAAGCUGAAGCCAUUUUAUUUAAAUGUGAAGGACCACACAACUUUGAUGCUCAAGCUAUCUCUUCCAACUUGUUUGUUUCUUGGCCAUAUGCUAUGGCCUCAAGCACUUUCACCGAGCAAAAGCCUUGUGAUUCGCGUUGUUGGACCCCGAAACAGAACAAGGUGUUUGAAAAGGCACUUGCAAAGUAUGACAAGGAUACCCCUGAGCGCUGGCACAAUGUAGCGAAAGCCGUUGGUGGUAAAACAACAACAGAGGAUGUUAAGAGACACUAUGACAUACUCUUGGAAGAUCUCAGACACAUAGAGUCUGGUCGGAUUCCCAUUCCCAAUUACAAAUCCACUUCAUUCACCUUUCCUCUUUUGAAAAACUCAGAUCUCUCAAGUAUCUAA